GCCCUGCCAAGGGUUUUUCGUCAGCUGUUUCGGCCUUUUCGAUUGGUCACACUGUUUCCGAAAUUGGUUAUUCAAUAAAUAUUUAUUAAGUUACGAUUUAAUGAAAUAAAAUUGGAUUGCACAAAUGAGGCACGUACAAUUCCUGGCCCGCACCGUCCUCGUGCAAAACAACAAUGUGGAGGAGGCGUGUAGGUUGCUAAAUCGAGUGUUGGGCAAAGAAGAGCUCCUCGACCAAUUCCGCCGCACUCGUUUCUAUGAGAAGCCCUACCAGGUGCGUCGUCGCAUCAACUUUGAGAAGUGCAAAGCCAUUUAUAACGAGGAUAUGAACCGCAAGAUUCAGUUCGUUUUGCGCAAAAAUCGAACCGAACCUUUUCCAGGAUGCAGUUAGUCGAUGUGUUGUAGCGUGUUUUUGUGGCAAUAAAAUCUA